CGCGUCUUCCAUCGAUAUCGUCAGUAAAAUGGAAGCCGGGCUUGAUCAAUCGGAGAUAGAUGAACGAUGUGAGUGCCUUAAGGAAGUGGCAACAUCACCGGCGGGGAGAGUACUGGCAACGGAUAAGCAGCUCGACAAUCUGGAACAGUUUAUCAGUCUUGUUCCGGGCUACAUCGAGAAGGUACGAUCUCAUCGGGUUGCUGUGAAAGCUGAAGAAAAGCGGAAGGCAGAAGAGAAGCGGAGACAAGAAGAAAAAGAAGAAGAAGCACGGAAAGCCAGAGAGAAGCAGAUAGAGGAAGAAAGGAAAGCAAAGGAAGAGCAGAGAGCAAAUGAGGAACGAGCAAAAGAAGAAAGAGAUCGAAGGGCCUUAGAAGUGAUCGUCCCGCCGCGGCAGAAUUCUGCCAACAGCAAUAUUAAUGCAUCUGUUGCUUUCAUCACUAAUCGCCUCGAAAUGGGAAGUUUUUCUGAAAAUAACGAGACCGUGGACAGAACAAUCGAUACUACAGCCACUACGGUUCUGUCGGCUAGCUCGAACGCGGCACAGGUUGACUUCGUGUCCUUCAUCAAGAAUAGUGGUGAAUAUUUGAUGGUCCGGAAGAAGAAGUUUCCAGUUGACGAGCUUGUCAAUAACGAAAAGUUGGGAUAUCCGCUUGGAGUUACGUAUGAUGAGAAGUCAAAAUAUUGGAUUAUAUGCGAUCGGAAUUUGAAUAAGGUGCUGUUGAUGAAUGUAGCUGAGAGUGAUGUUCGAGUUUUUGAAGGACCACAUUUGAGAAACCCAACCGCGGUGGCGGUGUUCGAGAAAGGAAAAAGCGUUGUUAUCUUAUGCGCCCCCGGUAACAAUCAACAUGUGAUAUACAUUUACGAUUUCGUUGAUGAAAUCAUGCACCAGUUUGCAUCGCACAGCGAUCCUCUGUACAAUAUGAAAAGUCAGCUGAGAGGAUUGGCCAUUUCACUUGGAGGAAAUGUUUUAUCUUUGGAAUGCUCGCAUGCUGCCGCCCCAAAACGGUUGCGUAUCUUCAAAAGAGACGUUGGAGGAAAAGGAUUCGAUAUUAUGGGAGCAAAAACACCUAGUUUCAUAGCUUCCCAUAAUUCGAAAGUUGCGAUUUCGGACCUUGGAAACAACACGGUUCUCAUCGGCAAUCUCAUCGAUACCGAUUGGAACAAGAUGUCGUUCUCUGUUCUUCGAAUCAUCGAGACGACGCAAGAUCUGACACUGGACCAGCUCGCAAAUAACAAUGGAUUCAAAUUUGUGUCAGGAAUGCAAUUCGAUACUUAUGGUCACCUUCUCAUCGGUGACGCGAAGGGGCACACCAUAAAGCUCUACGACACCGACUAUAAAUUCCUCCAUCGGAUUUCGAGUGACUUCCCACUCCCAUAUAUGUCAUCAUUCCAUAUUUCCAGUUCCGGUGAGGGAAUAAUUCUCGACGUGCACGCGCAGCAGAAGCUCCAUUGGGUCAAGAUGGAGUCGAUCGAGAACAUCACACCGUGGAAGGCUCCUCCAUAUCAGCCGAAGCAGAGCCGAGAGAACUACCAAAAUCGCCGAUUUUAAAUCAUGUGCAAUACAGAAAAUGUCAUUAAUUUUUACUUCCAAGAGUUGUAUUUUUAUAUAUUCUACUGUUCCCCCCUCUCACCCAGUUACGUGUUCCA